CUGUUUUAGUAGGCGUAUAAUGUUUCCUAUAAUUCCAAUUAAAUCUGCCCUACAAGAGCAGUAUGUGCUAUCUGCAUCCAUAAAUACAAGCAACUCAACCAACGCAAGUUGUCUCAGGCCUGAUGCAGUGUAUUGGGUCUACAUUGCUUUUCAUGAAUGUAUUUAUAAUGCAAAAGAAGAAAUUGGUUUUAUCCUUGGACUUGUUUCAAUUCUUUGUUGGAUUUGUGCUUCUCUUCCACAAUUAUAUGAAAACUACAAAAGAGGAAAAGUUGAUGAAGCUUUGUCUUUCUGGUUUUUAUUGUUAUGGCUUUUAGGAGACAGUAGCAACUUGAUUGGGUGUGUUUUAACCAAUCAGUUUCCUAUACAACUUUACACAGCAGUUUAUUAUGUGGGAAUGGACCUCGUCAUGAUAUUUCAAUUCAGUUAUUACUAUCUAAAACACAAACGGAGUGAAGCAAACCGCCGAGGCAUUAUUAACGAUGUGAUGUCAUCAACCAAUACAAGAAAUCAGCGUGUCCUCUGUUGUUUGUGUUUGGCUGUUUUUAUCCCUUUCAGUUAUAUGUCAAAUAGUGUGCAGGAGCCAAUUGUUACCCAACAUAGAAUAGGAAGAACUCUGCUUGCAGUUAAAAAAGAUCCAUCGUUUAUUUCAUGGUCAGUAAAGACCAUCACGGGUUACACCAUUGGUUGCGUGUCAUCCAUCUUUUAUCUUGGAUCAAGGCUUCCUCAGAUAUUAAAAAAUAUUGAGAGAGGUCAAACAGAAGGAGUUUCUUGGCUCAUGUUCUUUCUGGCUGUUGCUGGCAACUCUUUAUAUGGAUCUUCUAUUUUACUUCAGGAUCCAGACCCUGGACACACUUGGUCAGAAUUUCUUCUUUUUCAUCUUCCUUGGCUUAUUGGGUCACUUGGAACUCUCACGCUUGAUUUCAUUGUUCUGAGCCAGAUCAUAUAUUACAACGAUUUGUUCUGCAAGAGAAAACGUCGACCACUCGGUUUAUUAGAGGAUGACGAAACGAACGACCAAGAUAAUAAUCCUUUGAUUGUCGACGCUUAAGUUCCACGACUUCCGUUGUCCAUUAUAUGCAACAACAGCCAUUUCCCCAGUUGGUGCGUUAAUUGCUAGGUUCGUGUUAUCGUUACGUCUCACAAACCGAAUUUUGCACUACAGCUGCUAAUUUUACCGCCCUAACGGUGUUCUGGUUUCUAGUUUUUACAAAGAUCCUCGUUUGAUCGUUUUAUUGUCGCGAAUUUUGUAGAUUUUAUUGCAUUCGCAGCAUCGUUUUUAUUUACGACCGAAACGCUUGCACUGCUUUGUGCGCCGUCUCACAGCACCUUUGAUGUUUUGCGCCGACAUAUUUGUCUUACCAGCGCUUUUACCCGAUUUUAUAGCCAUCAAAUCACAACCAUGCACAUUUUUCAUCAAAAAAAUUAAUGUCAUUUUUCAACAAACAUAACUUAUUACUGAUUAUAUAUAUAUGGUCAGUUUGAAAUCUUCAAAGUAUAUAUGGCAUUUUGUGUGCUACACACCUGCAUUCGCACGCGCUGUUUUGGUCAAGCAUUUUAACAAUUUCCUUUACUUGCUUACCGGAUGUACUUCUGCAGCACUGUACUAUACCUCCGCCUUAUUGUUGCGUACUCUUAUUGUUCUUUGCGCUCGUGCGUCCUAUAUGGCUUGGCAAGCGUCCUUACUUGGUGUUUUUAUU